AUGGUAAGCUGGGAAUUUGUGGAGGAAGCACUCGUAGGAUAUGGAUUUCCUAAAAUCUUUACACAGUUGGUAAUGAUAUGUGUAACUUCACCAUAUUUUACCGUAAAAGUAAAUGGUGAGGGACAUGGAAUUUUUGCUGGCAAGAGAGGUUUACGACAAGGGGAUCCAAUGUCUCCUCUCCUAUUUGUCCUAGUAAUGGAGUAUUUGUCGAGGGUCUUAAAGUGCAUGGGUGAAUUACCUGACUUUCAUUUUCAUCCAAUGUGUAAGCAUCUCAAGUUGACUCAUUUAAUCUUUGCCGACGAUCUAAUGAUCAUUUGCAAAGGUGACACUAGUUCUGUGGCUAGAGUGAUGGAAGCUUUAACUCAUUUUAGUGAAGUAACGGGUUUGGUGGCCAAUGUAGAUAAAAUCUAA